GGCGGCCCGGGCGGGCGGGCGACAUGCAGCGGGACAGCGGCCAGGCUGCGGCACCUGCAGAACCCCUUCUCCCAUCUCCAGAUAAGACCGGCGGCCUGCCCCCAGGAUGCUCCGUGAUCCGCACCCACUGCCGGGACCCCACGUCUCUGCCCAUGCAGCACGUCAUGCUGGCCAACCAGGGUAACCCAAAGGAGCAGGACACAGAGGAGCCAAAGAAAAGGAAAGGGGGCUGGCCCAAAGGCAAGAAAAGGAAACCCCCGAGGGAUAUUUCUGUUCCCCGCGCUCCUGUGACAGGGUACGUGAUCUUUCUAAACGAGCAGAGGAGCCAGCUGAGGGCCAGGCACCCAGAUCUGCCUUUUACGGAAAUCACAAAGAUCUUGGCAGCGCAGUGGGCUCAGCUGUCUCAAGAGAAAAAGCAAAGGUAUGUUUACCAGGCGGAUGAGGACAAGCAACGCUACCUCCGUGAGCUGCAGGCCUACCAGAGCUCCCAGGCGUACCGGGCCUUCCUGCGGAGGCAAGCGGCACCCGAGGCACAUCCUCGGGGUGAUCACCCCUCCGUCAGAUGCUUUCUAACUGAUGCCAGUUGUGUUCCAGCAGGACCAGGCGCACCAGGAAACAGACUGGAGAGGGAGGGCCUUCCCUUCUCAGCGCUUGGUGGGGAUGGAGGCAGCGACCUGUACUGCAGGACCUGCAGGCAGUUCUUCAGCUCCCUGCACAACAAGAAGGAGCACCUGCUGGGGAAACAGCACCUGCAGAACCUGACAGGGAAAUUCGAAAAAGAUUCCACUGAGUACUUAAAGCAUCUGGAACCUCGGGUGAAGGAGGAAUGUUGGAAUUUGCACAAAGGGAACUUGGAGGAGGACGCCGAGUGCCCUGAUCCACUUCCACUAGGAGGCCUGUUUCCAGAGGAGCGUUUUUCUUCACUCGACUUGUGUUUCUUGCAAGAGUUUAUCUUUAAACUUCUGAAAAUCAAGGAAUUCGAGCUCCAGGAGCUGAGGAAGACUCUAGAAAGAGCCCGAGUGGAACAGGAGGACUUGCAGAGGCAGCUGGUAAAGUUCCAGAGCCAGCAGCAGAGGCUGGAGGCGGAGCUGGCGGGCCUGAAGACCUACCGCAUCAUCCUGGAGAAGGAGUUUGAGAACCUGAACAUGGUGCUGAUGCUGUCCCGCUUCGGCUGCAGCGGAGAGCAGUGUCCCUCCCCCGCACCGGCGUCCGGCCCUCUCCCAGCGGCUCCCGGGUCAGCUUCCACACGGAGGCACCUCUCUCCUCGGAGAAAGGACCGAAGAUCCUGGGACUUACGUACCGGACAGUGAGAAUGGCUCUACUGACGAGAAAAUAAAUUGGGUGUGUAUGUUUGUGCAGCA